UUUAAUUACAUUGUUCUGUCUGAUGUGAACAUCUAUAAAACCACAUUAAAUGAGGCAGCCAAUACACAACUGCAUUUGACGAAGAAAGGACAAUACUGGGAACAAUGUACAUUCUACAUCUAGCACUGCUCGCUUGUUUUGGAGCAUUCCAGACAAAUGGUCUUGAAAUAUAUGACUAUGAAAGAUUGUUUGGACUCAGCGAUAAAGUAGAAGAGGAAAAAUACAUCUGCGCAGAUAUUGUGUUUGCUUUGGACAGGUCAUGCAGCAUAACACCAGAAGACAGACUCAAGAUGAUCACUAUAGUAGAAAAUGUAGUGAAAGGCUCUAAAACAAGUGAUGGCACCAGGUUUGCUUUGCUGACAUUUGGCUAUCAUGCAAAGCUUGAAUUCAGCUUUGGUGAAUUUUCAACGAGGGCUGAGCUUUUAGCAAGACUUGAUACGUUAAAAGAAACGAUCAUUGAGAAACAAGAGAAAUGUAAGACCUACACCUGGGAGGUUUUGGAGAUGGUUCGUAACACCUCAUCGCUACUCGGCACUGAACCAAGAUUUGAUGAAAGGACUAAAAAGGAGCGAGGAAGGAUCUUGAUUCUCAUGACAGAUGGUGUCCCUUUCAGUGAUGAAAAGUCAAGAGAAGAGAAGAAAGAGCUGACAAUUGAAGAAGGCAAGAAGAACCAUGCUGUUGGCAUAACAACCUUGGUUGUUCAGGUGGCGAACAAAAAAGAAAAGAAUGAUCCUACACAGGAUGAAGAGUUCAAAGAUUUUUUUGAAAAACUGGUAACAAAACUGAGAUGGUAUAUUCCCGUUGGUAAAGAAACAAACCUGGAAGGAGUUGGCAUCUUUUUCUUUUAUGAUUUGGUUAAAGAAUUUCCAUGUUCCUAUCGAUGCAUGAAGAAAAUUGACCUCUGCUUUGUGAUGGACAGAAGCAUUAGUAUCAAAAUUGAAGAUAUCGCUAAAACAAAGGAUUUUUUCAAGGACCUAUCCGAUUCAUUCCUGAUAACAUAUGAUGAGAAUUCUGCAAAACACUGGCAGACAGCUAUGAUUGGCGUAAGCAGCUACAAUAGAGAGGUCUACCAGCAUGUAUUGGGACGUGAAUGUCGUGAUAAUGCCUGUGUUCGUGAUAAAAUCGAUGCCAUUCCAGAAACACAUGACAACUUCACUGAGACUGAUGAUGCCCUUGAAAAUGUGUUAGCUCAAUGCCUAUCAUUAGAUAACACCCGUGGAAAUGGAAUACCAAGGGUGGCGCUGAUUGGUACAGAUGGCAAUACCUGGGAGACAGGAACUAACUUCAUCAAUUCUAAAAAGACUAUCAAAAUGGCUGAUAAGCUGAAGAAGAAUGGCAUUGAUAUAGAUGUAGCAGGAGUGCCAAAUUAUCAAGAUCGUGUAGGAAUUGAUGAAUGGAGGGCAAUCGCAAGUAAUUUCAUCUUUGAUCUGCGACUAAACCAGGACUCUCCCUUCAAACCCGAUUUUGAUGACCUGAAGCCUAUUGUUGGAACAGUGGCAAGAUUAUUUUGUGAAAAAUAUGGGGUUGAAUAAAUUGAAAAACAUGCUUUCAAAAUUAA